AAUUAUUUGACAUCCAUUUUUUAACUUCACAAAGGCAGUUGUUAAGUGAACUCAGCAUUCCAGGAUCUGUGGAUCUGACGGGCAAGUAUAUUAUAAGUAUAUGUUAAGGUUGGUCAUGUAAGUUGUGUAGCCCGAUAUUAGAAACAGUAGCACUAAUGUAUUUAAUGCAAAUUUGUUUUCCAAUUGGGUGGAAAGUAAUGCAGUGGGAAUAACUAAUGUUUGCUGUCUGCAUUUAUUUAUUACAGGUGAAAAAACUAAGUGCAUUAGGCUAUGUCCCAAUUCUAUUUUUCGCAAAGAAAGAUAAGGCCUCUGGAAAGUGGGUGUCUGAUGUGGUGACCCAUCUGCUACCCACUGAGGACAACCUAAAAAUUGUGGCCACCAUGAGAAAGGCCUACAAUUUUGUAUUGAUCAAAGAAGGGAACUCCACGACGACAUUGCCCGAUCCACACCCUCAGGCCCAGCCCGAUCCACACCCUCAGGCCCUGCCCGAUCCACACCCUGAGGCCCUGCCCGAUCCACACCCUCAGGCCCUGCUCGAUCCACACCCUCAGGCCCUGCUCGAUCCACACCCUCAGGCCCUGCUCGAUCCACACCCUCAGGCCCUGCCCGAUCCACACCCUCAGGCCCUGCUCGAUCCACACCCUCAGGCCCAGCCCGAUCCACACCCUCAGGCCCUGCCCGAUCCACACCCUGAGGCCCUGCCCGAUCCACACCCUGAGGCCCAGCCCGAUCCACACCCUGAGGCCCUGCCCGAUCCACACCUUCAGGCCCAGGAAAAGGAGACAUUUUAUAUUUUGGAUUUACACCCUGUCUCUCUCCCUGUGAAGGAACAACCCCCCCCCCCACAAAAAAGAAAGUGUAAGUUAACUGUGGUCUUAGCACACUAUGUAUGAAUUUCUCCUUUUUGUAAUCAUUAUUCAUGAAAUACAGAAAUCUUUAGGUGAA